AUGUCAGAACAUGGGUCUCAAAGCGACAAGGAGCCCAUAGAGCUCGCAGACCUGUCGCGCACGUCUGAAGACAACACACACAUCCCCACAGCAGCGCUCAGUGGGGCUUCCCAGCGCACAGCAUCGGGCAAUACAGCACUACUAAAUAUCGGCGAGUGGCAGGAACAGCGGCGCAGUCACAGCUUCAGCAGCACAAAGGACGAUACCACGCGGGCAUUCGGCCCAGGCUCCAAUAUCGCCGACUCGCCCACCGCUAUCAUCCGACACGGGCAGCCAGCGCGGGGUGGGAUCCUGGACCAUGCGCCGCGGGCAGCAAAGACGCCAGUGCAGAUCAUCCGCGAGCUGACAGUCGAGGUGUUCCCGGCUCUGCUGAUUUCCGUCGCAGGCUCAGUCACACCGGCGUUCGACCGGGUCCCGGCGCUGUUCAUCAUGGUGCCGGUGUUGUUGAACCUGAAAAGCAGCAUCGAACUGAAUAUGUCGACGCGCCUCUCGACGCUGGCAAAUCUGGGGAGGUUCGACAAUAAAAAGGACAGGUUUGCCAGCAUGCUGGCCAACUGCGAGCUGCUGCUGUUGCACGGCGAUGCUAGUACCUCGGCGAUUGCAUGGUUCUCGCUGCUGUCGCUGCUUCUGGCAGUCGGCAUUGGGUGUACGGUCGUAGGCUGCGCAGUAAUCGGUCUAUUGACGUGUGUGACCGUUAGGCUCAGCCACCACUUUGGCAUCGACCCUGACAAUAUUGGCACACCUAUCACAUCGAGCUUCGGCGACAUGUCGACAUUGCUUAUUCUCGGUCUUGUCAGCAGCAUCAUGCUGCGCGUCAUGGACACGAUCUGGCCGCUAGUUGCUGCCAUUGGGUGCGGUGCUCUGGGCGUGGUAUUGUUCCGCAUGGUGCGCAAGAACCCGUUGACGGCGCACCACAUCAAGGAGGGAUGGCCGCCGCUGGUGUUUGCCGCUGUGACAUCCAGCGUGGCUGGUGUGCUGGUGGAGGCCUUUGCCGAGCGGUACCCUGGGAUGCCAGCGCUGGUGCCGGUGGUCAAUGGAAUUGGCGGGAAUAUCGGCACUGUGUUUGCAUCACGCCUGUCCACCAGCCUGCACCGUGGCCAGGGAAGCGCCAAGGAAAGCAACCUGGUCAUGUGCAUUCUGCUGAUGAUCAACGUGCCAAUACAGAUCGGAUACCUGGUCACAGUAAAGUUCUUCAACACCCAUGGGCUCGAUGUCACAGCGUGGUUCUUCCUCGUAUAUACGCUUGCGACACUGCUGCAUGUGGUGGCAAUAUUGCUGGUGGCCAAGGUCACAUGCAGCCUACUGUGGUCGCGGGGAUACGAUCCGGACGACUAUGUCAACCCACUGGUUACCGGCACAGGCGAUAUGCUAGGCACAUCGUUGCUGCUCCAGACGGGCGUAUGGGCGCAGUUUGCUGCGGGGGACGUUGAGUAUAUGGAGCAGGCUGUGGCGGGUGCCGAAGAGAGCCACUCCGAGACGACGGGCGCUGCUGUUGCGACUGGAGCACUGGGUGUGGCAUGUAAGGUGCUGAGGAUAGCUGGACAGGCCGCUGAAUGGGCCGAUGUACCUGUUGGAAAGGCCUGUAGACGGGCUGUUGCGCGGAUGAAUGCAUCUGUGGAAGAGAGCGUGCCACUGGCCGAUGCUGAGAGCGAAGCUGUGGACGCAUAGAGGGCGCUGUUGGUGUUGAGACGCUGUGCUU